CUUCUUCCCAGCUGUAAAAAGGCCCUCCCCACAAAAAGCAAUCCUGGAUUCCCCCUUGGAUCGCGGCUCCCUGAUGGACACCUCAGAGCCCAGUAGUGCGACGGAGGAGGAGGAGGAGAAAACGAUGGUGGAGAGCCGCCCGAGGACCCGGUCCAAUCCUGAGGGGGCAGAGGACCGCACUCUGAGCGCCCAGGCGAGCGUGGGGAGCCGCAGCGAAGGAGAAGGAGAGGCUGCCAGCACUGGCGACAGCCCACAGAACACCACAGUUCCCGCUGCUGACAGCAAGGGCUGGCCAACCCCAGUGCCCCCCACAGAGUUUCAAGUCAAGAUGCCACGCGUCAACUGCCCAGAGAAAGUGGUCAUCUGUUUGGACCUGGCUGAAGAAAUGUCCUUCUCCAAACUGGAGUCCUUUAAUGGGUCCAAGACCAAUGCCUUGAACAUCUCCCAGAAGAUGAUAGAGAUGUUCGUUCGAACCAAGCACAAGAUUGACAAGAGCCACGAGUUCGCACUGGUGGUGGUCAACAAUGAUGUCACGUGGCUCUCAGGAUUCACCUCUGAUCCCAGAGAGGUCUGCAGCUGCUUAUAUGAUCUAGAAACUGCAGUCUGCAAGUCGUUCAAUCUGGAAGGCCUUUUCAACCUCAUACAGCAGAAGACGGAGCUUCCGGUGACAGAGAAUGUCCAAACUAUCCCGCCUCCGUAUGUGGUGCGGACCAUCUUGGUGUACAGCCGGCCUGCCUGCCAACCUCAGCUGGCUGUGACAGAUCAGAUGAAGAAAAUGCUACAGUGCCCUUACUUCUUCUUUGAUGUCCUUUAUAUCCACAAUGGGGCAGAGGACAAAGAGGAAGAGACCAGCUGGAAGGAGAUGUGUGCCUUCUUCAGCAGCCUGGACACCAAAGGCACCAACUACAAGUACGAGGUGUCCCUAACGGGCCAAGCUGUGGAGCUGCACAACUGCAUGGCCAAGCUGCUGGCCCACCCUCUCCAGCGCCCCUUCCAGACCCACGCCUCCUACAGCAUGCUGGAGGAAGAGGAGACGGCUGAGAUCGAGGCCAUUGUCUGACACAGACUGAGGGAUGGGUGGGGCGUUUGCAAAUAGGAUAGUAACGAAGCCUUGCUGUUUGCAAGCAGGCUUCUGGCAUGGAAAUGCAACUGCUUGUGAUAUUGCUCGAUUUUGACUGGAGGGAGAACGGGUAUGCCUUCCUGUCCUGGUUAACUCAAGUUUUGUAAUGCAGCAAGGAAGCUGUGCAGAGAUUGGGGUGGGAGGGCAGGGCAGUAGGGAGGUGAAGGUUCUAGAAGGUUCUGGGGUUGCCAGGUUCUACCUGGCUGGCAGUGGGGGAUAAAUCUCGCACGCGUUCGUGGGGGGGACACUCUAGGAUUUGGGCUAAAAACUCUAUGGUGCCACAUGCCACAGUUUUUAACCAAAUGCUAGAGCGUCCCCCUGCACAAUGUGCCCAAUGUGAUGAUGUCACUUCCAGGUGACAUCAUCACGUCGGGCACUGACGUAGAUCUUUGGGGGCGGGGAUCCUCCCACCAGCCAGCUCCAUGCCAGCAGCUUGGGGGCUCCAAAACUGGGGGAAAACCCACCCCUAGCAGGAGGCUGGAAACCCUGUUCUGGGGGCCAGGAGGGAUGGAGUAGGUUCUAGAAUGAGAACCAGCCAAUUAUUGCUCUUGGUGAAAGAAAGGAUUUUGAGGGUCAAGCCGCUAAGGGGUUUUCUGGAGCGUAACUAUUCUGUGGGUUCAUCGAAUGUAAAUAAACUUUACUACAAACCUUCUGG